GCAUUUAUACGAAGUAUCGUUCCCGAGUACAUCCGCGCAGAAUCCUUGCCCGAAGUCGUCAUGUUGCGAUUCAUCCUACUCGCCACUCUCGUCGGCCUUGCGUGGUCCGCGCCAGCGCCAGCACCCAGACCACUCACCCUCGUCUCCGAGUUGAAAACUCCGGCGUCAACCGCCAAACUCACACCGCUGGUCGCGCCAAUCGCGCCAAUCGCUACACCAGUUAUCGCACCGAUUUCCCGUCUCGCCUAUGCCGCACCCGUUCUUUCACAGGUAUCGCCAUACACUUAUUAUUCUGCGCCGAUCGCGGAGAUCCCGUCGAGUUACUCGAUCGAGCAACAUGGGUACCAUAUUACCUACUGAUCGCAAAAAUCAUCAGACCGGUAGCCGUCGACCUCAGUAAAGCUCGUGUGGAAGUAUGCGUAAGCAGCUCGCAGCUUGUCUCCUCAUCGAUAAUCAUCUUCUAUCGUGUAAUCUCAUCCACGCAAAAAAAAAAGAACUUGGUGAAAGUUGA